AACAUUUUUUUUAAAUAGAUGUAUCUAGUUACUUACAUUGAACACCAAAUCGAUUUCAUUUGUUUUUUAAGUUUUUGACGUUCUCUUUGCGUCGACUUCUACAUUGCUAGAGUGUGAUUGGCUAUUCUUUGUUUUUCUUCUGAACCCGUCUUUGACCGGAAUUAUAUUUUACGCAGUCGAUAAAUAUUGUACAAGGAGAACAAAUGUCAAGAUUCUGCCUGUGAACUCAAUAUUUUGGUAUUCUUUAUAAAUUAAUGUUAGACCUAUGAGAAUAGUGAACUAAACAAGGUUACUGAUUGUGUGUGUAUCGUGAUUGAUUGAAAUCAAUAAUUACAAAGUGGUAGUCUAAGAAAUAUGUUGAAAAACAAUUGUGACGUCACAAUUCCAAUCAGCUGAGGCGGUGUGAGGGAGCGUUGAAGACGAUAAGUGCAGUAAAAGAAUAACAAACAAGAUGGGUGGAGCAGUGAGCUCAGGGCGCGACAAUAAUGAGCUGAUAGACAACCUUAUGGGCAGCAACUACAUCCGCACACGAAUGGUGGAGCGGGUGUUCCGCUCGCUCGACCGGGCCGACUACAUGACGCCUGAGGCCCGAGACCAGGCUUACAAGGAUCUAGCCUGGCGGAAUGGGCCACUACACAUGUCCGCACCAUGUAUAUACAGCGAGGUGUUAGAAGGACUGGAGCUGAGGCCGGGGCUCUCGUUCCUGAACAUCGGCUCCGGCACGGGCUACUUCAGCACGCUGGUUGGGCUGGUGCUCGGCUCCGGCGGCAUCAACCACGGCGUCGAGGUCCACCCCUACGUCGUAGAGUACUCCAUCAAGAAACUCGGACAGUUCAUUGAGAAUUCUCCCACUUUGGAUGAAUUUGACUUUUGUGAACCCAAGUUUUACUGUGGUAACGGGUUAUGCGUGGCUCCACUGCCGACGCCCUACGACCGUGUGUAUUGCGGGGCUGGUUGCCCUGAGGAGUACCAGAGUUACUUCAAGCUACUUAUAAAGGUGGGCGGCGUCCUGGUGAUGCCUCUGAACGACAACCUGGUGCAAAUUAAGCGCAACGGCGUCGACGAGUGGAGCUCGCGCAACCUGCUCAAUGUGUCGUUUGCGACCCUUAAAAUACCCACCCACGAAGAGGCAGGAGAAAUCAUCAAGCUCGAGGAGCAGACGCCGGCGCGGCUGCAGGUGCUGGCGCGCGCGGUGGUGCGCGGCGCCAUGCGCGCGGCGCUGCUGGCGCGGCACCCGCACCUGCGCGAGCCGCCCGCGCGCCGCCCGCCGCCCGCCGCCACCUGCCCGCGCCGCAUCUGCAUCCCCAUCGAGGACGACAGCGACGUCGAGGGCUUAAAUGCACUACACGAUUUGGACCACGUGAACGGCGCCAAUGAGAUGAAUGCUCUCCUAAGUCUCGUGUUGAGUAUGGGUCAGAACCGCGUGGCCGGAGCGCUGCGCUUCGACUCUAUUGAUUCGCCGUCUGACUCUUCAGCCGACGAAGCAGAGGGAGAUGCUGGCGAUGGAGACGAUGGAGACGACGGCGACGACCAUCCUGAUAGGCCUGACGGCCAGGUAGAGGCUGAAAACCAAACUGUACAUAGUCCCGAUUGUCCGUUGCAUGAAAGCCGGCCUAUAGUAUUGGAAAUCUCACAACGACCACAGCCGGGUCCAUCAUCAGACACGCGUUCCAAAACUACGCAAACUUCUAAAACACAGAAACUUCCUGAAGUGCCCGAUCCGGAAUGGCUUGAGCAUCCUGAGAGGCCCCUACCUGGACAGUCGCCAUCCCCUGAAAGGCAACAGCCAUCUCCUCUUCCAGACGCUGACGACAAUCCCGAGUGCAGUGAGGAGUAUCACAAGCUAGCGCGCUCCUGCCGCGGCCUCCUCACCUUUGAGUUUCAAGACGAGCGUAGGAAUCCUCCACAGACCAUCUGCCUCGGCGGGCCGAGCACGUCGUCGGACGCCGGCUCCAGCACGGACACUGAAACUAGAAAGGGUCCUGACUCUAUCGGAGUGCCCGCUGAAGUAGAGAUAUACUUGGGCAAGGAUAGUCCGGGCACAUCUCACGAUAUGGAGUGGAAGACCUCCGUGACUCAAAACGACGUUUCUACCAGUGAGGACGAGACUACAGAGACCUCUAAGGAAUUGAAACGGAAAAAGUUGGACAGCGGUAUCGGCGAGGGAACUACCACGUCCAGCGGCUCCUCGCCGGUCAAAUCGGAGUCAAUUGAAGACACGUCUGACGGUGACCUGGGCCGCUCAGAUAACUUGUCUGAUGAAAUAGACGACGAUGAUACUAACUGCCGGCGUCGGCUGCAGAAGCGCGGGCGCGGCGCGCUGGGCGGGCAGUCCGCGUCCACGUCGGGCUCGGGCAGCGCGGACGAGGGCGCGGGCGGCGGGCGGCGGCGCUGCAAGCGGCGCGCGGGGGCGCGGCCGGAGGGGGCGCGCCCGCGCCGCGGCGGGGCCGACGCGCGCCGCGUGCGCCUCUCCAUCCUCAUGAAGCGCGGCGUCAAGGAGCUGCCGCUGCCCUACGCGCUCAAGAAAUAUGUUAACCUCGGCCGCUGCUUUGAGUUCUAAUUCUCGCCAGGUAACAUCAUAGUGCGCCUAUCGUUAAAGGAAUAGACUGAAACUCGCGAUCUCCUCAAAUCGAUAUCGCGCUAAAUCUAUGCGAUGCAUUUUACUACCCGACUUCAACUGAAAUAUAGUCCAACACAGAAGCCUAUUUGUUAAACAACUAAAUGUUUCCUUGACAGCCUAUGCUGUCAAGGAAACAGAUUAAGCAUGAUGCCUAUACAAUAGGCACAUAUUACUCGAAACUUCGGCGCUGCAACACGUCGAGCUAUCUCAGAAAGAUGCAAACAUUUAUUUUGAAAAUAACUGAAUAUAUUAAUUGUUUUAGUCGAUUUUCGUAUCGAAUAACAAAUCUAGUCGAUUAUGUAUAAACCCGAUAUGACAGGGGCGACUAGUGGUGUAAUUUUGUAUUGUAGAUUGAUUCAGUUAUUUUCAAUUUAAAACUAGUUGCCAUGAUAAUUUAAGUAUUUCAGUAAAUACAGGUUACUUUUAAAUUAACCUUAUACCCAUAGUAUGUACGGGAACAGAUAAAUUAUUUAGUGAUGUCGGAGGUGCGAGAACUGCGUAUGACUUUGCUCUCUUUUCUCAUGAGUUACGACAAAAUGCCAUGCCUAAAUAAUUGAUCUGUGUUUAAUUAUAAAGUCAUUAACGUUAGAGCCAUAAUACAUAAACAAUAUAUUAUAUGCACUAGGGUGUUAAGGAGCUAGUUCUGCAGCAUGUAACGCUGAUACGAAAAUAAGUCCAUGAACAGAAAUCUCUUAUACGACCUAUAUUUGCACUCUAGUGCCACUCUCUCUCAUAAACGUUUCUACUCCUAAGAUAAUCGCAAUAGGCAACAAUUAUGUCGCUGACUGUAAAAUCUCGUCAUUAAAAAAGGUGGAAGAGAUAAAGCAACAUUUAUUACAAAAUAUUUACACGCCAGUCGCUAGAUCUCUUUCUAAGCGUAUAGAUUAACAUUUUAAAUUGUAAAUAAUCUCUAUGUAGGUUAUGUUCGGGCACUUUCAUAGAAUGUUCUGGACAUGGGGAUGCUUCCAAAAAAACAAACUUACUUUUCAUUUCGUAACACGCACGCGAGACUAAAUAAACUGCAGGACAUUUAAGUAAAGAAUUACUAUGACCGUGAAAUAUAAUGGAUUCAUAGAAAGGUUAUUUCGUACGCCGCACCGGCGAGUCCUGCAGCUAUUCUCUCAUAGUCGUCUACCACUAAGACUGUCGCUACGCUGUCACGUUCAAAUGGCCCCGCGUCAAACGUUUACAUUGUACUAUGCAUAUUUUGAUCCCAGUAUAUUUAAACAGUAGUUUUUUAAACAGCAACACCAUAUGAAUUACUUAGUAUAUAUCUUAAGUGUUGUUUUAUUUUAACGAGAUAAAUAUCAAUUUUAAAUUUUAUUGUCACCCUGAUAAUCAUACUUCAGUAAAAUAUGUUUUAGGUAAUUUAUAUUGUCUCAUUGUUUAAGCACAGCAUGCUUGCUUGCAUGUUUCGGUUUGAGUUAGGCUCCAGCACAUAUACGCACACCUAGUCAGAGUUUAAUUACCAUCUUUUGAUUUCGGGCCAUUUGGACAGACAGCGAGUGUUAUGUGUCAUAUAAAUACUGUAACUUUAGUCGACUAUAUCGCGGGGUUUCUGCUAUUUAUUUAAAACGUAUUCUUCUCUUUAAUAUGCACUUAAAGUAUUUAUGUAUAUCAUGUCGAUCUGGUGAGCCUUUAUGAGGGCUUUAUAGGUCUCAGUUUAUGAAAUAAUUCAUGUAUAAUAAUGACAAUGUACUCUUUGUAUGUUAAGCUCCUCUAAACAAUAUAAUACUUAGGAAACUACUGUUGUUUGUUUAUCAAAGAAAUCUUUUAAUUUGCUUUAUAUUGUAACCUGUUAUGUGAUUAUGAAAUAUGUUUAUUAUAAAUCAAUGCAUUUUUAUAGUUUGGUUAGCCUUUUUUUAAUAUCUUCCAUUUUAUGACAGACUAACGUAACUAAUAUUGUGGUAUGUAUUUUAUUAUGAGUCACCUGAUACUACAAUUUAUUGACUGUUUAAUGCUGUUUCUUGAGGGUCAGCUUAAGAUUGCCAAAAUACCUUGAAUCUGUGUUUCAAGUCAAUGCCAUAAAUCUACACCUAGACCUAUCUGCAUCCAUAGACCUGUAAGUGAUUUUUUCAGCUGAAUUGUUAGUCGAUUGAUGCAGCUAAAUUUAAAUCUGUAAAAACCUUUAUGAUACUUGAGGUUAAGAUGAAAUGUCAUUAUAUAAUUGCUUAUUUGGUGUUCAGUUUCUCCUUUCAUUAAUAAACACCUUUUUGUUAUUACCUCUCAUUUUAAUUAACAUAAAGCUGCGUACUGACCACCGUUACAGGGUGUAGUGAAACAUUUAGUUGACAUUCAGUCUGCACGAGUGGUCGAUUUGUAACAUGAUAGUUGAUACAUUACGCCUCGUAACACUAGUCAGUACCGGUCUUUAGUUUGACACGACACCAGCGGUAAAUUCAACUGAAGUUGAGUGUUUAUGUCGACUUGAGCUAGGUAUACACACUACUUAACUAAUACAACAUUUAGCAAUUGUUUGUGAUGAUGUUGUUGGACUUGUAGGAAGAGUAAUGUUGUAUGAAGUAUGAUGCUAUACUGUUGUACGGUCGAGUGGCGUGUGCACCCAGCUUUAGGGAAGUUAUGAUACUUGUUUAUACGAUAUUAAUUGAUGUACAUAAUAAUGUCAUUUGUUUUUGUUGCUAGUAAUAAUUAUAAUGAUUUGAUUAUGAGA